AAGGCAUCUUGUUCUCGUACGCAUCGAUCCCCACCACUCGCUCUCGAUCGCAUCAAGAAACGCCUAUCUACAGCUAGACAACACUCGUCUUCUCCGUUGAACUUAGUAACCUCUUUGUACAUAGAGAUAAGACCAGACAAAUCCAUCAGCUCGUCACUCGAUCGGGCCUCCGCCAUGGAGCAAUGGGCGUACUGCCUUUGCCUCUUCCUGGCUCUCCUCCUCCCUCUCCUGCUGCUCAAGCUCAACAGCAAGCAUCGCGGCGUGCGUCUGCCACCCGGACCGUGGCGGCUGCCGAUCAUCGGCAGCCUGCACCACCUUGCCGGCAACCCGCUCGUGCACCGUGUCAUGGCCGACCUCGCGCGCCGGCUGGACGCGCCGCUCAUGUACCUCAAGCUCGGCGAGGUGCCGGUGGUUGUGGCCACGUCCCCGGAGGCCGCCCGCGAGAUCAUGCGGACGCACGACGUCGUCUUCGCGACGCGGCCGUGGAGCCUCACCGUCAAGAUCAUGAACGCCGACGGGCAAGGGCUGAUAUUCGCGCGCUACGGCGCGCUGUGGCGCCAGCUCCGCAAGAUCUGCAUCCUGGAGCUGCUCAGCACGCGCCGCGUGCAGUCGUUCCGCCACAUCCGGGAGGACGAGGUCGCCCGCCUCGUGGCCGCGGUUGCCGCGGUGCCGCCCGGGGAGCCCGUGAACGUGAGCGAGCGGAUCGCCGUGCUCAUCACCGACUCGGCGGUGCGCGCCAUGAUCGGGGACAGGUUUAAGAGACGGGAGGAGUUCUUGCAGACACUCGACGAAGGGGUCAAGCUCGUCUCCGGGUUCAACCUCGGCGACCUGUUCCCGUCAUCGCGCCUCGCCAGCUUCAUCAGCGGCACGGCGCGGCUGGCCGAGGAGAACCACCGCAAGUGCUUCGAGCUCAUGGAGUACGCGAUCCAGCAGCACGAGCAGCAGAGGGCCGCCGCCUCAGGGAACGGCGACGUAGAGGAGGAAGGAGGAGAGGACCUAGUGGACACGCUCUUGAGGAUACGCAAGGAAGGUGGCCUCGACGUGCCUCUUACCAUGGGCAUGAUCAAAGCAGUUAUACUGGAUUUAUUUGGUGCCGGGAGCGAGACGUCAGCUACCACACUUCAAUGGGCCAUGUCGGAGCUCAUGAGGUACCCAAACGUGAUGCGGAAAGCACAAGCUGAAGUACGCAACAAUCUCCAAAGAAAACAUAAGGUGACUGAGGAUGACUUGGCCAAUCUCAAGUACCUCAGACUUGUCAUCAAGGAAACAAUGAGGUUGCAUCCAGCCGCGCCAUUGCUUCUCCCUAGAGAGGCCAUGGAGCCUUGCAAAAUUCUCGGGUACGACAUACCCAAGGGCACCACGGUAUUGGUAAAUGCAUGGGCGAUCGGCCGGGACCCUAAGUAUUGGGAAGAUCCUGAGGAGUUCAAGCCGGAGAGGUUCGAGUCUGGAAUGGUCGACUUUAAAGGCACAAACUUUGAAUACAUACCGUUCGGAGCAGGCAGGAGAAUGUGCCCUGGAAUGACAUUUGCGCAGGCCAGCAUGGAGAUUGUGCUCGCCUCACUUCUUUACCACUUUGACUGGGAGCUCCCAAGUAGGGUUAAGCCAGAUGGGCUAGACAUGACCGAGGAGAUGGGUCUCACCGUCCGGCGAAAGAACGACUUGUAUCUGCACGCCGUGGUCCAUAUGCCCUUGAUUUGAUUUACACUUGCAUUGGUAUGUCAUAUGUGACUGAGUUCUUGCAUAUUAGUGUCUUCUAUGUGCCUUGGUCAAAUUGUCAGUGUACGUGUGUGACUGCUAGACUGCCUUGUCAGGUGAAUUUGAGGUCCUCAAACUUGGAUGUCCAUAUUAAAACAACCAUCAGUUAAUUAAUUUUAUGUGAUGUACUGA